AUGGCACCUGAAAGUAAUUCGACUGAUCUACCUCAAAAUGGAUCCGCAACUUUUAUUUCUCAAACUAGCAGUUCAGUGCAAGGACAAGGUAUUGUUUAUAAUCAUCCUCUGUUUCUUAAUCCUACUGAUGUUAGUGGUAUUAGCUUGAUUUCGUUUCAAUUGCUUGAAUUGUGGGGACAUUGGGAAAGGGUGAACGCAAUUGUGUUGUCCUUGUUGUUGAACUCUGUGUCCAAAAGUUUGUUGAGUGGUCUUGCAUUUGCCUCUAGUGCGUUUGAUGUUUGGACUGAUCUAAGAGAAAGGUUUGAUCGAGUAGAUGGUUCUAGAACCUAUAGUUUGCACAAAGACAUAUCUUCUAUACAGCAGGGUACUGCAUUUGUUUCUGAGUAUUACACAAGGCUUAAAACUCUGUGGGAUGAGUUUGAGAUAUUAGUGCCAACUCCUUGUUGCAAUUGUGAGAUUUCAAAAUUUAUGACUCACAUGAACAGACAGAAGGUAUAUCAGUUUUUAAUGGGAUUGAAUGAAUCCUAUCAACAAGCCAGGAGUCAGAUUCUUAUGCUAGAUCCAUUACCAACAAUUAAUCAUGUGUAUUCUAUGAUAGUUGGAGAUGAAUGUCAAAAGGUUGUGGUAACCUGUACUACUAGUUUGGGAAUGACAUCUAUCAGUUUGGAUUCCUCUGUUGCUAUGUACUCAAAAGCUGGUAGUAGUUCAGGUGUUGGUAGUAGCUCUGGUGUGAAUCAGAAGGUCAAAAGGAAUUCCCUACUAAUAUGUGAUUUUUGCAAGUGUAAAGGUCAUAGCAAAGAGUUUUGCUAUAAAAUAGUGGGUUAUCCUCCUGAUUUUAAAUCCAAAAGGAAGGUACAAGGGGGGUCUAGUCCACAAGCUAGCAGUCCUUCUAGUCAUUAUCUAUCAACCCAUGCCAACUUUACAUAUGGUCUCAAUACAAAUAUUCCUCCACCUGGCUGGGGAAUCUCACUUAACCAACAACAACUUAUGAAUGGUCAUGCUCCUGAAGUGUCAUCUACUAUUACUCCAAAUAGAAUAAGUCAAGCUGAGAGAGAGGUUCAACAGAUGUUACAUGGUUGCACAUUUACAAAAGACCAAUAUGAUCAUAUUUUGAAGAUGGUUCAACAGAAAUCAGAUGUUUCUACUGUUUCUGCUUGCAACACUGCUAGUACUUCAGGUAAAACUUCUUCUGUUAUUAAUCACAGUCAAGUAUGGAUUGUUGAUACAGGUGUAACAAAUCAUAUGGUCUCUAGCUUGGACAUGAUGGUGGAAGAUUCAGUGUCAAAGCUUGCAGAAGUUAAACUUGUGUAUCUACUAAAUGGUACUACCAUACAAGUAUCUCAUGUUGGUUCAUGUGCUUUAUCAACCAGAAGUCUGGAGCUCUGCAGUGGGAAGGUGAAGGAAGUUGGUAAGGAAGAAGGUGGUUUGUAUCUACUAAUGAAGCACUUCACCAAUAAAAGUGAUUCAAGUCCUGGAAAAGAAGUUGCAUUUACUGUCAAUAAUACAAAGGCAGUAGACAUGGAGUUAUGGCAUCAAAGACUGGGACAUGUGUCUUCUGCAGUUCUUGCAAGGAUGUUGUCUAGUAGUGUACUUAAGUAUGAGACACCUUACGAGAGGCUGUAUGGUCGACAACCAAAAGGAUAUAUUCUCCUUGAUCUAGGUAAAAUAUCAUUUUUUGUAAGUAGAGAUGUGGUUUUUAGAGAGGAUCAGUUCCAUUUUGCUCAGGUGUCUAGUCCUGCUCAAGAGAAGUUAUUCCCAGACUCUCUACAUGAUUCUGCAGCCACUCCUAGUCUAGAUUACAUGUUGUCCCUUCAGUGUCCUACCACUGCAUGCCCUUCUCGAGUUCCACAUGAUGAGACUGAGUUGCCUUUAAGUAAUGUAAUACCUGGUCCUGAGGUGGCUCCUGAUGAAGUAGUAGCAAAUUCUAUUCCUAAUGGUUCUAGGUUGGUUUCUGAGUCUAGAAGAUCCUCUAGACAUAAACAACCUCCAGUUUGGAUGAAAGACUUUGUCUCAUGCCCUCUCAAUAAGGUUGUUCCCCACUCCAUUUGCAACAAUAUAAGCUAUGAUCAUCUCUCAUAUUCCUAUCAGUCUAACAUUGUUGCUACCUCUAUAAUCAAAGAACCUGAACCUACUCUGAAGCUGUGA